AUGACUCCACACACCCCAAUUGCAAAGUGCAGUGCUUUGAGGAGGAGGGUCUACCAAGCUUGUAUUUUGUUGCCCUCCGUGACAUUCUGCCACUGGACAGACGCUACAGGUGACUGUGCCAGUGUCAUCUCUUGUGCAGAGAAGAAGUUGUGUAUAAUUAUGGUGCAGGACCAUAUCCAUGGAGGAAAAAGUUUAAACAACGGAAAGAUGUGCAUAGCCCCAUCACCUUUGUCCAGCCACCUGGCAGAUUCCCUGCGGAGUAGUUGUGUGCUAACUUCUCGGGUUCCAUCACCAAUGAUGGCUUCCCCAAGGCUACAACUACAUACAGAAGAUGAUAGUCAACAUUCAGCUUGUGAUGUAAGAAACGGGCAUUCAGCCGGCGAAUAUAAACCAGCACACCUUAACUGCUUGUGCUCAUGGAAAGUGCAGGGAGAGGAUCUUGCUGGAACAGGUGCUCACCCUUCAGUUGGCUCGAUUGGUAGCGCCCAAGUCACUGCCAGCGCCCAUGAAAAGGCCAGAUGCCCUGGAGAUGGGAACCACUGACACAUGAUCAGUUCCCCAUCUAGAGCAGCACUAAAGGCGACCUCCUUAAAGCCUACUUUCUGGAAUACAUCUGUGUGCAGAGCUUGUACAUCAAGUUGAAGACUUACAAUUCAUCUCAUUGACAGUGAUACAACAUUUAAACAAAACCGUUUUAUGACUGAAAAAUCUAAAUAAAAACAAAAUAUGUUGUUGCCUUAUACCAGUGUCAUGGCACACUGGUCGCUUUACUAUAUGCUGCAAUAAAUUGCUUCUUUUCAAG